GUAGUUCUUUAUCGCCAAGCGCGGAUAUAUACAGCAAUAACCGAUCUUACUGCUUUACAACCAAAUGCUGAAUGAUAGCAGUCUGCUUGACGAAUGCAAACAGCUUGAAAAUGCUUGGUUUCCUUUUAUUCGCGAGAUUUGCCAUCUUCUCCUACGCAGAUGACGGAAUUCUUGUGUACCCAACAAUUCUGCAAGGGCGGGCGACAGCUACAAAUGUCAUCCUUCGUCUCAAUGACGCUUUCACCCUCAAUCUCACGAAGAGUUCUGUACUCGCCAACGAACUUUUGGUGGCUACAAGCAGUCUAAAAGGAAACGAAAUCGAGAAGAUUGAGACAUCCGCUCUGCGAAAGAGUUUGUACCACGACACACGUCACCAAUCUUCUUUGAUCGUACGCCUGAGAGGUGGCGCAGCGCAAAUAGAAGGUAUAAUAAACAACAAGUUAAGAAUAAAGCCUGUUCCAGAAGGCAAGCGUUCACUCCAAGGUGAAAUGCUUCAUAUGAUAUAUCAAGUCGAAGAAACGAAAGAGAAUGUCCCAAAUUUCGUGUUCGCCGACAAAGGCCGAUUUGGGCAAAUAACGCCAAGAGAAGGAUCGAACAUGGAAAACUUUGUCGUAGAAGUUCACGUAAUAUCUGACAGUGUGCACCAGAAAGAGUUUAAGACAACUGAGGACCUAAUUGCAUACUUCGCAGUCCUGCUAAAUGGAGUCAACCUUAGAUACGUUGAAAUGACGGCACCACGGAUAGAAUUCAUGCUGGUUGGAAUAACGAGAAGUACGGACGACAUAUUUGCAAACCAUAUGCAAGCUGGUGUUCUUGAUAUGGACAAAACAUUAAACGGGCUAUUUGAUUAUUACAAAGCAGGAAACGUUCCCGGAAAACCUGACGUAGUGCACCUUAUAACAGGCCAAGACAUUGCCCGCUAUGAAAACGGUGCUCUGGACAAGGACUACUCAGGAAUUGCCAAGCCUGGCCCUCCCUGCACUAAACUGGCUGUCUCCCUAAGCGAAGAUGUUGCCACUGCUUACCGGGGAGUUUUUAUCAUGGCUCACGAACUCGGACAUGUACUAGGGUCACCGCACGACGAAACACCGAAAUGCCCCUGGUCAGAAGGGUUUCUCAUGAGCUAUGAGGAUGGAGGAGUUAAAAAGUUUCGGCUUUCUCCAUGCAGUGAGGACAAGAUACGGUCAUCUUUAAAAAACAUGCCAGGAGACUGCACGCAAAUAGUGGCGCACAAAGACUACAUGUCCCGGUAUAAAUAUGUACCUGGCCAAAAAGUGAGUAGGCAGCGCUACUGCAGAAGACUAAUGAAGAAGUACACGACAGAAAAGAUCUUUUACACGAACACUCCAGAGCUUACUCAGCGGUGCAAAAUGAAGUGCUGCUUUUCGUUAAACAAGAAUGUGGAUAAUUGCCUGGUUGUGCUGAUAUUGGAUGGAAUGAAGUGUUCUAAAGAAAAGACAUGCAGAAGAGGCGUCUGUGGAAAGUACACGUGGCCUGAGCUUUGAAGGCGCGACAGCUCUAAAGGUUAUGUCAAAAUUUUCAAACAAACCAAUAAAGCAUUUUCUCUUGCUUCCUUUAUAUGAUGCCAUAGGCAAGAAGUCCAAUUUGGUUCAUGCGUACCUAAGUCUCCUACUUUUCGUGAUUCACAUGAAAACGCAUUCCUCACUCGCACAU